UCAUGUGACGUGACGUGACGUGUAAGCAACAUGGCGGCGCUGAGCUGAAGCUGGAGCUGAAGUAGCAGCUCGACUGUACGGACUCGCACACACCGAUACUCUGGCGUUUUUCUCUACAUUUCCUUUUGUCGCUUGCUCGCCGGCAGGGUCAGGCCGGACAUGACGGCCUGAGAGAGGACAGAGAGACAUGCAGCAACAGCAGCAGCAGCAGCAGCAGCAGCAGCAGCGACACUACUACUCUGAGUCAAAGACAGAAAACAGUAAAACCAAGAGCAUGUUUCUGUCCAGGGCGCUGGAGAAAAUCCUCUCCGACAAAGAGGUGAAGCGGAGUCAGCACAGUCAGCUGCGGAAAGCCUGUCAGGUGGCGCUCGAUGAAAUCAAGGCAGAGCUUGAAAAACAAAAGGAUGGAACGGUGGUCCCACCCAGAGCCAACUACAUCGAGGCCGACAAAUACGUGCUGCCCUUUGAGCUGGCCUGUCAAUCAAAGUCUCCCCGGAUAGUUAGCACCUCUUUAGAUUGUCUGCAGAAGCUGAUUGCGUACGGCCACAUCACAGGCAACGCGCCAGACAGCCGGACACCAGGGAAAAGGCUGAUCGACCGGCUCGUGGAAACCAUCUGCAACUGCUUCCAGGGCCCACAGACGGACGAGGGAGUCCAGCUACAGAUCAUCAAGGCCCUGCUGACGACGGUCACCUCCCCGCACAUAGAGAUCCACGAGGGCACGGUGCUCCUCACUGUCAGGACCUGCUACAACAUCUACCUGGCCAGUCGCAACCUCAUCAACCAGACCACCGCGAAGGCCACGCUCACACAGAUGCUCAAUGUUAUCUUCACACGCAUGGAGAACCAGGCCGCUCUGGAGGCUCAGGAGCAGGAGAAGGAGAGGCUGCGACCACCGCAGCAGAACCCGUCACCAGUUCCUGGUCAUCGGAGGGCCGGCUCCCCCUGGUCUGACCGGACACCCACGCCGGAGCCGCAGAGCUCCCCGUCCCCAGCAGCCAGUACUCCAGACCUCACUAACACAAAUGCCAAUAGCUCCAUACCGUCGGCCGCUGACCCGGACCAAACGUCUGACACACCGUCAGUCAACGGAGAACCUGAGGGCGGCAACGGUAUCAUGAACGGAGGAGAAGAACAAGUCACACCGUCAAGUGUUUUUGAAGAUGAAGGUGCAGACACUCCUCCUACAGUAUCACAGCCAGCUGUGGAGGGGGACAGUCCAGGUCCAACAGAGUCGGAGACGAGUGCAGGUGAGGAGGCAGAGCAGCAGCCAGCACAGAGCCACAGUGGAACAGGUGUCGAGCAUCCAGCCCAGCCUGUCCCUGAGCAGACGGAGACGGCGCCCCCCAGAGUCAGAGCGGCGAGCCAGCAGAUGAACGGCAUCAUCGAGGACCGCUCCUCUGUUUCCUCCACAGACAUGCUGGAUGCUGAGGCUCUGCAGGGACCCCACAGUGCCGCCCGAUUCUCCCACAUCCUGCAGAAAGAUGCUUUCUUGGUGUUCCGCUCUCUCUGCAAACUCUCCAUGAAGCCGCUUGCUGAUGGACCUCCAGACCCAAAGUCCCACGAGCUGCGCUCCAAGAUAGUCUCCCUGCAGCUGCUGCUGUCCGUGCUGCAGGGCGCCGGGCCAGUGUUUCGCACUCAUGAGAUGUUCGUCAAUGCCAUCAAACAGUAUUUGUGUGUGGCGCUUUCCAAAAACGGUGUUUCCUCUGUGCCAGAAGUGUUCGAGCUGUCCUUGGCCAUCUUCCUCACCCUGCUCUCCCACUUCAAGGUCCACUUAAAGAUGCAGAUCGAGGUGUUUUUCCGAGAAAUAUUUCUGACCAUCCUGGAGACGUCAACCAGCUCCUUUGAGCACAAGUGGAUGGUGAUCCAGACUCUAACGCGCAUCUGUGCAGAUGCCCAGUGUGUGGUUGACAUUUAUGUGAACUACGACUGUGACUUGAACGCUGCAAACAUCUUUGAGCGUCUGGUCAACGACCUGUCGAAGAUCGCCCAGGGCAGGAGUGGUCAGGAGCUCGGGAUGACUCCUCUGCAGGAGCUGAGUCUACGUAAAAAAGGUUUGGAGUGUUUGGUCUCCAUCCUCAAGUGUAUGGUCGAGUGGAGCAAAGACAUGUAUGUCAACCCAAACCUUCAAGCCAAUCUGGGUCAGGAACAUCCAUCUGACAGUGAUGGAGCAGAGCUGAAGCUCCCAGAGCAGCACGUCAGACGUCGUGACAGCAUCAGCUCGCUGGACUCCACCGUCUCCUCCAGUGUCUCCGUCUCCCAGGCGGAUCACCCGGAGCAGUACGAGGUCAUCAAGCAGCAGAAGGACAUCAUCGAGCACGGCAUUGAACUCUUCAACAAGAAACCAAAGCGAGGCGUACAGUACCUGCAGGAGCAGGGCAUGCUGGGGUCCACGGCCGAGGACAUCGCCCAGUUUCUACACCAGGAGGACAGGCUGGACACAACCCAGGUGGGAGAGUUCCUGGGCGAGAACAUCAAGUUCAACAAAGAAGUGAUGUACUGCUACGUGGACCAGCUGGACUUCUGCGGGCGGGACUUUGUCUCGGCUCUGCGAGUGUUCCUGGAAGGCUUCAGGUUGCCCGGCGAGGCCCAGAAGAUCGACAGGCUGAUGGAGAAGUUUGCCGCUCGGUACCUGGAGUGUAACCAGGGACAGACGCUGUUCGCCAGCGCAGACACCGCCUACGUGCUGGCGUACUCCAUCAUCAUGCUCACCACAGACCUGCACAGUCCUCAGGUGAAGAACAAGAUGACAAAGGAGCAGUACAUCAAGAUGAACCGCGGCAUUAACGACAGCAAGGACCUGCCAGAAGAGUAUCUGUCCUCCAUAUACGAUGAGAUCGCAGGCAAGAAGAUCGCCAUGAAGGAGAGCAAAGAGUUUUCAAUCACCCCAAAGUCCACCAAGCAGAGCGUGGCCAGUGAGAAACAGCGCCGCCUGCUGUACAACGUGGAGAUGGAGCAGAUGGCGAAGACGGCCAAAGCGUUGAUGGAGGCCGUGAGUCACGCUCAGGCCCCGUUCUUCAGUGCGACGCACCUGGAGCACGUCAGGCCCAUGUUCAAGUUGGCGUGGACUCCCUUACUGGCAGCGUUCAGUGUCGGACUGCAGGACUGUGAUGAUCCAGAAGUGGCCUCGCUGUGUUUGGAGGGCAUUCGAUGUGCCAUCAGGAUCGCCUGCAUCUUCAGCAUGCAGCUGGAGCGGGAUGCAUACGUCCAGGCCUUGGCCAGAUUCACUCUGCUGACGGCCAGUUCCAGCAUCACUGAGAUGAAGCAGAAGAACAUCGACACCAUCAAGACGUUGAUCACUGUGGCUCACACGGACGGAAACUACCUGGGAAACUCCUGGCACGAGAUUCUGAGGUGUAUCAGUCAGCUGGAGCUGGCUCAGCUGAUUGGCACCGGGGUGAAGACGCGUUACAUCUCAGGCGUGGUCCGGGACAAGGAGGCGGGGAUAAAGGGCUUGCCUUCGGGCACAGAGGAGUUCAUGCCCCUGGGACUGGGUAACCUCGUGGGAAGUCAGGACAAGAGACAGAUGGCUCAUAUCCAGGAGUCAGUGGGCGAGACCAGUUCUCAGAGUGUGGUUGUAGCUGUGGACAGGAUCUUCACUGGCUCCACCAGAUUAGAUGGAAAUGCAAUUGUGGACUUUGUGCGGUGGUUGUGCGCCGUGUCCAUGGACGAGCUGGCCUCGGCACACCAGCCCCGGAUGUUCAGCCUGCAGAAGAUCGUGGAGAUCUCCUACUACAACAUGAACCGCAUCAGGCUGCAGUGGUCGCGUAUCUGGCAGGUCAUCGGAGACCACUUCAACAAGGUGGGCUGUAACCCCAAUGAAGAUGUCGCCAUUUUUGCCGUGGACUCGCUGAGGCAGCUCUCCAUGAAGUUCUUGGAGAAAGGAGAGUUGGCAAACUUCCGCUUCCAGAAGGAUUUCCUCAGGCCGUUUGAGCACAUCAUGAAGAAGAACAGGUCCCCCACCAUCAGAGACAUGGUGAUCAGGUGUGUGGCUCAGAUGGUCAACUCCCAGGCCUCCAACAUCCGCUCAGGCUGGAAGAACAUCUUCUCCGUGUUUCACCAGGCGGCCGCUGACCAUGACGAGACCAUAGUGGAGCUGGCCUUCCAGACCACUGGACACAUCGUCACAAAUACAUUCCGUGAGCACUUUGCAGCCGCUAUAGAUUCCUUCCAAGAUGCCGUGAAGUGUUUGUCAGAGUUUGUGUGUAACGCGGCUUUUCCCGACACCAGCAUGGAGGCCAUCAGACUCAUACGGCACUGUGCUCGAUACGUCUCAGAGCGACCACAGGCUCUGAGGGAAUACACCAGUGACGACAUGAACGUCGCCCCCGGUGACCGGGUGUGGGUUCGUGGCUGGUUUCCUAUCCUGUUUGAGCUGUCUUGUAUCAUCAACCGCUGCAAACUGGACGUCCGGACCAGAGGUCUCACAGUCAUGUUCGAGAUCAUGAAGAGCUACGGCCUCACCUUCGAGAAGCACUGGUGGCACGACCUCUUCAGAAUCGUCUUCCGCAUCUUUGACAACAUGAAGCUCCCGGAGCAGCAGACAGAGAAAACAGAGUGGAUGACGACGACGUGUAACCACGCGCUGUACGCCAUCUGUGACGUGUUCACGCAGUUUUACGAGCCGCUCAGUGAAAUCCUGCUGGUUGACAUUUUCACACAGCUGCAGUGGUGCGUCAGGCAAGACAACGAGCAGCUGGCUCGGUCAGGAACCAACUGCCUGGAGAACCUGGUGAUUCUGAACGGGGAGAAGUUCAGCCCUGAGGUGUGGAACAUCACCUGCUCCUGUAUGCUGGAGAUCUUCCAGAACACCAGCCCUCACGCGUUGUUGACUUGGCGACCGGCUGGACAGGAUGAGGAAACGGCUGAUGGGAAACAUUUUGACGCCGAUUUCGACACUCAGUCCCAAAGCAGCUACGACCGAGCUCUGUCAGAGCGGGGACACAGCCAGAUGUCCAGCGACGACACGUGGAAGGGCAAAUCCAAUGCUCGAGUUUCGGACCAAAGGCUGUUUGCAGGGCUGCUGAUUAAAUGUGUGGUGCAGCUCGAACUCAUCCAGACCAUAGACAAUAUCGUCUUCUACCCGGCGACCAGCAAGAAGGAGGACGCUGAGAACAUGGCUGCCGCUCAGCGAGAUGCUCUGGAGGAGUCGCAGGCUGCGGGGAGUGAGCUGGUCCCAGAACAGGGGAUGUACAGACACAUGACCUCAGCGCACCUCUUCAAGCUGCUCGACUGUCUGCUGGAGUCACACACCUUCGCCAAGGACUUCAACUCCAACAACGAACAAAGGACGGCACUCUGGAGAGCAGGGUUUAAAGGGAAAUCCAAGCCCAACUUGUUGAAGCAGGAAACCAGCAGUCUUGCCUGCAGCCUGAGGAUUCUGUUCAGGAUGUACUCUGACUCUCAGCUGCACGACUCGUGGCCUGACAUCCAGACACGCCUGCUCCUAGUGUGUAGUGAAGCCCUGGCCUACUUCAUCAGUCUGACCUCAGAGAGUCACAGAGAAGCCUGGAACAGUCUGCUCAUGCUGCUGCUCACCAGGACACUACGACUGCCGGAUGACAAGUUCAAGCCUCACGCGUCCUGUUAUUACCCUCAUCUAUGUGAGAUGAUGCAGUUUGACCUGAUCCCCGAGCUGCGGGCCGUCCUCCGGCGCUUCUUCAUGCGCAUCGGCUCCGUCUUCCACAUCGCCGCUCCUGAAGGGACGUCUGUCCCCUCGCCCACGUCCUAGAGUGAGCGAGCGAGCAAGUGAGUGUAGAAACAUGAGGAGGAGGAGGAAGAGGACAUGUGAGAGACACUCUCCUCCUUCCUCUGUUUCUAUCUCCGUCUGACUGGAGACGAUCACAGACGUCAGGAGGACGACGACAGACUUUUUGCUUUUCUGUCUCUGAUCAUGACUUGGCAUUAAAGUGUUGGGACUUUUUCUUGUGCGACGGAAAAGUCUGUCCUCCUCCGUACUUCCUGUUUUCUUUUCUCUCUGGGACGAACAGCACUGUGACCGUCUCGCUCUCUCUCUCUCUCUCUCUCUCACUGUCACAACAUGACUGGAAAAAAACUCUAAACACAUAAUUUAUUGAUAUUGUCGCAGAAACCCGGCCGGACCUUGAUCAUCAUCAUCAUCAUCAUCAUUAUUAUUAUUAUUAUUAUUAUUAUUAUUAUUAUUGUUGUUAUUUUUUUAAUACUUAACAGAAAGUAUUCAUCUACAAGCUGAAUGCAAAUGAACUACACCACUGAAAUUUGAAUUCUCGGCCAUGUGUGCCUGGUUAGAAGUUUAAUCAUAAAGAUGUUGUAUUAAUAUCUGACCGCCCCUCCUCUCAUGUACCUGCGUUUGUUUUGUUUGGGAUUAUUUGUGUGAUAUUCUUUGAUUGCGGGGCUUAUUACCAUGGUUACAGCUGCAGAGAUGUGACGCAGCCUGGCGUCGGACGUCCUGGCGUCUCUUAUCAUUCUUCUUGCCCGUUGAUGAGAUUUUAUUUAUUUAUUUUUGCUCUCGUUAGUUUGGAUUUUCCCAGGGUACCUGCUGCUUUACAGUGUUACAGGUUGUCAUGUUUUCACUCACCCACUAAAGCCUCCAAGGAUUUCACUUAAAACCCUCCCCACUAAUGAAUGAAUGAAUGUAUGAACGGAUGAAUAAAUAGGGCAUUAAGUGGUUCUAUGAUAACGGUUUUUCUUCUUCGGGCUUUUGGUUUGAACGUCAGUGUUGUGUCGACUUAACGGGAGAGUUGAGCAGCUCAGAAGUGAUGAGGACCAGCGAUGAGCUGAUGCUCGGUGAUAACUGCUCUGAAACGCGGGGAGAAAGAAAAGUAGGACAAUUAGAUUCGAGUCGGAAUUCUGAGAAAAAAAGUCCGAAUUCUGAGAUGAACUUUAAAAGUUAGAAUUCUGACUCAGGGGUGUGAACGUUAAAGGUCCAGUGUGUAAAUCCUGUUUCCAUCCAGCGAUUCGUCACGCGGUUGUUUUGCAUUUCCAUCUUCAAACAUUGACAGUUGACAUUGCCAGUUCUCGUGCUACCAAACACAGUGGUCCAGCGCCUACUGGGCGGAGCCUGCCUCAUUGCAGUGUGUUGAUUGGCGGAUGGAGACAAUCAUCUGUAAUGUGCGACAGGAGGAACGAAUUUUGUUGUUUUUUUCCUUCAAACAACAGCACGGAAUGGACUGUCCUCCAUCGUUGCUCUUUGUUUACAGUGUCGUGUUCAUCUUUACGUUGCUCUAUUUACGUAACUGACGUAGCAUGUUUAUUACGUAAGAGGCUACGUAACUUGCGUAUCUGGCCCACACGCCUUGCCAUGGAAACGUGUGUCAGAUCAGAGUGAACUGUUCCCGAGCUCAAUGUGGCGAGCUGAGCUGAGCUGAGCUGAACCACUUGGUGGAAACAAGUCUACAGUGACAUCUAGUGGUGAUGCAUUAACUACAAUUAUCUUUCUUUUUAUGUUCGUAUGUGAUGAUGUUUUUGCUUCAAAAUGCAAAAACAAGAUGGUGGCCUCCUCAAAGCAAGUCCCUUGCCUUGAGUCCAUCACAGAAGGCGAUUAAAACCUAAUAUUUUGUUGUUGUUUUAGAGCAAUUAUACACUCAUACAAUCGUACGUGUGGGUAGUUUGUUCCAUUUCUGCUCAUAAACCGUUUAAAUGUUACACACUGGACCUUGAAAUAUGACUGUCUGAAGUGCACCAUGAGACACAGCUUUGUCUUUCUGUUUAAAAGUACUGACCGUAAUCAGACUGGUGUUGAAGUUGUGAUCGUUUCCAACAUUGAUAAAAUAGUUAUUGAUUCAUCCCGCAGCGAAACCAAAGCUCAUCUACAAACAGACACUCGGAAAACAUCGGCAUCCCGGAUCCUUGGUUGUUUAUUCCAUGCCUUUUUAUUGUAAAAACACAAACAAAGGAAGUAUGUAAUUAUUUUAAGUGCAUUUAAAAACCUUUUUUUGAGAUGCAUUCCUUCCUGUGCAACUAUGGAUGUCGACUUCCCUAACGCAGGGGAACAUAUAAAUAUUAUAUAUAUAUAUAAAUAUAUAUAUAUAUACAGUAAAUGAUUAAAAAACAUCUGACUGUAAAGUUUUCAAUGUAAAAUACUUAGAAAUGAAAGUGCUAUACGAUUCUAUACAUAAUAUUGUGAUGUAAUCUUUCAAGCAUUUUGGUGAAGUCAUCAAUAAAAACACGAGUUCUGAUCCAAAGACGA